AACAUUCAAGAUCAAAUCUUUCUCGAUCUAUUCAAAGAAAAACUAUUUAAGAAACAUAUGUUUUGGAUCAAAUAAGGGUUUGAUCUUGUUCCGGAAUCAGGUUUUUGCUUUUCUUUUAGGGUUUAAGGUUUGUAAAGAAAAUGGAAACUUUCGGUGUGUUUCACAAGGAAGAUGAUGAGCAGAUGGAUUUGCCUCCUGGUUUUAGGUUUCAUCCAACAGACGAAGAACUCAUAACCCACUAUCUCCACAAGAAGGUUCUCGACGUCGGUUUCUCGGCUAAAGCUAUUGGUGAGGUUGAUUUGAACAAAGCUGAGCCAUGGGAGUUGCCAUAUAAAGCAAAAAUGGGUGAGAAAGAAUGGCUAGAUGGGAAACUCUCAGCUCACAACUUGCCUAAAACCGCUAAGAAUGAAUGGGUGAUAUGCAGGGUAUUUCAUAAAACUGCUGGUGGUAAGAAGAUCCCGAUUUCGACCUUAAUCAGAAUCGGUUCUUAUGGAACCGGGUCCAGUUUACCACCUUUAACCGAUUCUUCACCAUACAAUGACAAAACCAAGACUGAACCAGUUUACGUGCCCUGCUUCUCCAACCAAGCUGAAACUAGAGGAACAAUACUCAAUUGCUUCAGCAACCCUUCCCUUAGCUCGGUCCAACCAGAUUUUCUCCAGAUGAUUCCACUCUACCAACCUCAAUCUCUCAACAUUUCGGAGAAUCUACAGAGUUCCAAUCCGGUUCUUACGCAAGACCAAUCAGUUUUACAAGCGAUGAUGGAAAACAACAGAAGGCAGAACUUCAAAACAUUGAGCAUCUCGCAGGAAACCGGAGUUUCUAAUACCGAUAAUUCAUCGGUUUUUGAAUUUGGGAGGAAACGAUUUGAUCAUCAAGAAGUUCCAUCUUCCUCUUCCGGUCCGGUUGAUCUUGAACCUUUCUGGAACUACUGGAGAUUCAGAACCUGAAAAGUCCAUUAAUUUAGGUCACAAGUAAGAAAUCUUUGCAAAAUUU